AUGGGGGAUCGAGGCCGGUCCCCCCAGGGCAGCCCCCCAACUCUAAGCACUCUCACCCUCCUGCUGCUCCUCUGUGGACAUGCUCAUUCUCAAUGCAAGAUACUCCGCUGCAAUGCCGAGUAUGUAUCGUCCACCCUGAGCCUUAGAGGCGGGGGUUCGCCGGGAGCCUUGCGAGGAGGAGGAGCAGGAGGAGGGGGCCGGGGUGGAGGGGGGGGCUCUGGCGGCCUCUGUCGAGCCCUCCGCUCCUACGCUCUCUGCACCCGGCGCACGGCCCGCACCUGCCGCGGGGACCUGGCCUUCCACUCGGCGGUGCACGGCAUCGAGGACCUGAUGAUCCAGCACAACUGCUCCCGCCAGGGCCCCACGGCUCCGCCCCCGCCGCGCGGCCCCGCCCUCCCAGGCGCAGGCCCCGCCCGCUCCUCCGGCACCCCGGCCCCGGACCCCUGUGACUACGAGGGCCAGUUUGCCCGGCUGCACAGCCGUCCCCCAGGCUUCCUGCACUGCGCCUCCUUCGGGGACCCCCACGUGCGCAGCUUUCACCAUCACUUCCACACGUGCCGUGUCCAAGGAGCCUGGCCCCUCCUGGAUAAUGACUUCCUUUUUGUCCAGGCCACCAGCUCCCCCGUGGCGUCGGGAGCCAACGCCACCGCCACCCGGAAGCUCACCAUUAUAUUUAAGAACAUGCAGGAGUGCAUUGAUCAGAAGGUGUACCAGGCUGAGGUGGGCAACCUCCCGGCAGCCUUUGAAGACGGGUCCGUCAAUGGAGGUGACCGCCCCGGGGGCUCCAGCCUGUCCAUUCGAACUGCCGACCCUGGGACCCACGUGGAGAUCCGAGCCGCCUAUAUCGGUACAACCAUAAUCAUUCGGCAGACAGCUGGGCAGCUGUCCUUCUCCAUCAAGGUAGCAGAGGACGUGGCCCGGGCCUUCUCGGCCGAGCAGGACCUCCAGCUCUGUGUUGGGGGGUGCCCCCCAAGUCAGCGACUCUCUCGCUCGGAGCGCAGUCGACGGGGAGCUCUGACCGUGGAUACCGCCAGGCGGCUGUGCAAGGAAGGGCUGCCAGUGGAAGACGCUUAUUUCCACUCGUGUGUCUUUGAUGUUUUGAUCUCCGGUGACCCCAACUUCACUGUGGCGGCUCAGGAAGCUCUGGAGGAUGCCCGAGCCUUCCUGCCAGACUUAGAAACGCUACACCUCUUCCCCUCGGAUGCCGGGGUUCCUCUUUCCUCAGGAACCCUCCCAGCCCCACUCGUUUCCGGGCUCUUUGUUCUGUGGCUUUGCGCUCAGUAGCACGGCCCGCGACCCCAUGACUGGUUUGGAAAUGAUCUGGGCAUAGAGACUGGCAGAGAAGAACGCAGGGAAUCAUGGGAGGAAACAGUAGUCAUUAGAAGACAAGGGAAAUGAUGACAUUUAACCAGAGUCAGAUAAGGCUGCAGUCCUGCACUGAAAUGAUCAUGGAAUAAAGGUUCUGGACAAAGCUUCUGCAGUCUAGACCUCUGUGGGGGCUCUUUCUCCAUUUUCCCAGUCCGUUAUGAUAUGCAAACUAUUCUAGUCCAUCUACUCCUGAAGUCACCCCCAACAAAUGUAGAGGUUAUAGGCGUCCUGAUGACCAGGAGAACACUUAAAGGUUUAGACUUUUGAGAGGAAAGACUUGAAAGAGGAAAACGUGAUCGCUAUCUAUGAGAGAUUCAAAGAUCUAAUGAUAUUUUUCUCUUGGAAAAUGGAAAGAGGAGGAAAUGAUUAAAGAUGGGAUUUAUUUGACUAAUAUAAGUGGGUAAGAGGUGUCCUGCUUUCUCGGUUCAGAAAUGAAGCAGGGGUCAUGGGGGGGUCUUAGGAGGAGGGUAUCUCGGCCUUUGGAGGAUGGCGCAGAAAGGAAAGAAGCUAGCAACCCACCCCUAAACAAUCUGUUACUAAAGCUAUGAAUUCUUCACACUGUCUUCUGUUGCCUAUGAGGAAUCUCUUUACGGAUGCUUGAAAUGGAGUACAGGCAAUGUAUUCACUCCACUGAAAGAUGGCCUAGAAGUAUCAGAUAUUAUUUCUGCCCUCAGGAUGCUUAUAGGCUAUUAGUGGGAUAAUUAUAGGCUAUUAAUUCCGAGGGGAAGAUAGUUGAUUCGAACUAAGGAAAUAAUAAUAAGAGAUAAUAGAAGAGAUGGGAUUUGAAGUGAUCUUUGAUGAUUGGAUAGGAUUUGAACUGUUCAGGACCUUCUGGGUCCAAUGGAAACCAUUUGGAGUUAUGCAUAGAUUCAUGAUUCAGCAAGGAAACCAGCAAAACCCAAAUGAAGUAGAUAGGAAGUAAUGGCAUCGAAAGGUAGAUGGACAGAGGCCAAAUUGCAGGCAUCUUGAAAGUGGGUCCACGGAGUUUAAAUUAAUAGCUAACACUUAUUAGAGCUUAAAACCUACCAGGCAAUGUUCUAAACAUUUUAAAAAUAUAAAUUCAUUUAAUUCUCACAGCUCUCUAAGGAAGGUAAUAUUCUCAUUUUUACUUUUAUAUAAGGAAAUGGAGGCACAGCAAGAUUAACCAACUUGCCCACAGUCAGACAGCUAAUAAAUGCUGAGCAGUAAUUAAUUAAUUGACAAUAAUUGUUGAACCCAGGCAGUUGGGCUCCAGAGCCUUAACUCUUAAUCACUACGCUGUGUUGUCAAGGAAACAGAGGGCCAUUAAAGAUGGGUGUGGAGGUGGGCAAGGGAGUGGAGCUGUGGCCAUGGCUGCCAACCCCACAAGUGACUUUGGAGGGCUGGAGAGAGGAGGAGCAGAAGCCCAAAGUUGAAGGAAUCUAGUUUGUAGGAGAGAACACUGGGAAUAGAAGCUCUUCUAGCCCAGGAUGUUCUAAAGUAGUGGGUGCUACUCAAACAAAUCUAUGAAGAUGGUAACGAUUAUAUUCAGCAUGUCCCCAGUUUCUGGUCUUUGUCCCCCCCCCUUCAGGUACGCCAUUGUGUAGGGUCUGCCUUUCCUGGCCUAAUCAGGUGUUCACACUGCACUUCCUCUUCUCUAUCACCCACCUGAUCAUAAACCCCCUGAAUCCUCCCAGUGCUUACCAGGCUUUGCCAUUUCAAAUCUCUUUGCACGUCUUCAUCCCCUAUUCCCUCCUCUGUUUCCUCUAAGGACUACAGCCACUCUGCUGUUCCCCCAAAGCACAGUCUCCACGCUUUCUGAAAUGACCUGCAGCGAAUCUAGAAAGCCAUCUGUUCUACUGGAAGAGAAUGGGGGAGAUGACGGUGUCGAAGGCUGUCCCUUCAUUUUUUCCUCAAAAAAAUC